AUGAGAGAUCCCGAAUCUGAGUGGGAUCAAGAGUCAUAUAACCGUGCAGGGGGAUUUUUAUCAUCGAUGACUGAUUUUAAUUUUUGCUUUCUCUUAAAUCUUUUUGCAUCAUUUUUCCCAUUGUCAGAUACACUAUUUGAUAUACUGCAAGCAAAAAUUCAUGAUGUUGGUUAUUGUGUCAAAAAAGUGAAUGAUUUUCGCCUGGCUUUGGAACAGAAGAGAGAAGAGUUUGAGAACAUUUGGGAAACAACAAAGAACUGUGAUCACAUAAAUGAAAAUGAACCCAGAUUAAACAGACAAAAAGGAAAUGUUGAUGUGAAGACGUCAUUCUCACGACUUUAUGUAGAAAUAUAUGACACCAUACUUAACCAGGUUAAUAUCAGAUUUGCAAAUUUGGAUUCAUUAAGAUUCUUAGAGCUUUUACACUCUCCAUCAUUCUGUGAGUUUACUAAGUUUGGGCAAUUUCCAGAGCUUGCUUUUCAAUCGCUGAAGUGUAGCUAUGAUAAUUUCUUUGAUUUUUUAUCACUGAAAUCGCAACUUAGAGAUGUUUACAUGCCAGAGGAAUUCAAAGAUAAAACUAUAACAGAAAUUUUAAGUUUCAUAAAGCUGAAUGACUUGGAUAAGGCUUACAAUGAAGUAGCAAGACUUUGUGAAUUAAUUUUAACAGUUCCAGCAACGACUGCAUCUGUAGAGCGCAGCUUCUCUGCUUUGAAGCGAAUUAAAACGUACUCAAGAAAUUCUCAAGGUCAAGAAAGAUUGCAAAGUUUUGCCCUUCUAUCAAUUGAAAAAGAAGUAUUGCAUAAUCUUCAGAGCAAGCCAGAAUUUUACACCAAAGUUACUGAUCAUUUUGCUCGUAAGCCAAGAAGAAUUCCAUUGAACUAUGUUUAA